AUGCCUUACCGCAUUGCAGAUCGUGGCCAAUCCGAUAUUUCGGGUGGUACCUUUAACGAUGUUGGUAGAGAUCAACAUAACCAAACGGACUCCCACGACAGAACUGACUCCCACAAUAUCACCGACUCGCACAACAAGACGGAUUCACAUAAUGCCACCGACUCACACAACCGCGCAACUACUCGCAACCAUAAAGGCUCGCGUAACUACAAGGAGUCAUACAGCUACGACACGGAAGACUCAGACGAUGUUGAAACCUUAGCGUCUCAAAUCAUGUCCCAUCUACCCUCCGGAAUGUCCCAACUAGCGCUGAUGAACAACAUGAAGCGGCAAAAGGCUGCCCUGAUUGCCGUUAUGGGAGCCACAGGUAGUGGAAAAUCGACCUUCAUUAACAAAGCCUGCGACGCGGGGAUGGCCGUCGGAAAUGAUCUUGAAUCCUGCACCCAGUCCAUCGAAGUCUCCAAAUCCUUCACGAUGGGCGGUCGUACUGUCUACAUGAUUGACACGCCUGGGUUCGACGACACGAACAAGAGUGACGCUGACGUCUUGAAGGAGAUUGCUCUCUACCUUGCCGAGUCGUACAAGAACGGCAUUCAGCUCUCCGGUGUCCUCUACCUUCACCGUAUCACGGAUAAUCGCGUGAGCGGUGUCACCAGGCGCAACAUGAUGAUGUUUCAACAGCUCUGUGGUUUUAAUGCCAUGUCGAACGUCAUCAUCGUUACGACGAUGUGGCAAAAGCUCGAGAACCAGGAUGAAGGGGCUAGGAGGGAACAACAAUUGGGGGCCAAAAGCAUCUUUCUCAAGCAGGCCCUUGAAGGUGGAGCCCAACUUAUUCGACAUCCACAAAACACGAAGGAGUCAGCGCGUGCAGUCAUUUCAAAGCUGCUUGCCAAAGACCCGGUCACUCUUCAAAUCCAGAAGGAGAUGGUAGAUGAAAAGAAGACAUUGACGGAAAGUGCUGCUGGUUCCUAUCUCAACAACGAACUCAGGGAACAAAUCAAGAAGCACGAAGAAGAACUGAAGAACCUCCGAGAGGAGAUGGCUGCAACGAGACAUCAGGACACACUACUGCAAGAGGAGCUGGAGGAAGAAGCGAGAACGUUGAGGGAAUCGUUGAACAAGGCUCGCGAGGAGAAAGAAAAGAUAGCCACCGAUUACGCGAACAUGCGGGAGGAAGCUGAGAAGCGCGGGGGUUGCUGA